CAGCCCAGCCUACUGCGCGGGAAAUGAGCAAUAUUGCAGAGGAUAAAGAAAGUGUCCUGGAGCCCCUGAAUAAGAAACUUUGCACAAUGUCGACCGAUUCUGUUAUUUUAAAAUUCGCUAAACUCUCAAAAAAUGCGUUUUCUCCAACGAGGGGUUCAAAAUUGGCAGCUGGAUAUGACUUGUACAGUGCUUAUGACUAUAAAAUUCCUGCAAAAGGGAAAGAAAGUGUAAGAACAGAUAUCCAGAUAGCCCUACCAGAUGGCUGUUACGGCAGAGUUGCUCCACGAUCAGGACUAGCAGCAAAACACUUCAUUGAUGUGGGAGCUGGCGUGAUAGACCAGGAUUACAGAGGAAAUGUAGGAGUGGUUAUGUUCAACUUUGCAGAUGAAGACUUUGAAGUUAAGAAAGGAGACAGAAUAGCCCAGUUGAUUUGUGAGAGAAUUUACAUCCCAGACCUGCAGGAAUGUGAAAAGCUGGAUGACACAGAUCGGGGAGGAUUUGGAUCCACUGGGUAAAACUAAAUCUGUUUGUUUUCGCAGAACUAUUUUACUUUGACUUGAAUGUUUUAUUAAUUUCAUUUAGAUGAAGCUUGUAAAACAUUUCACUACGGCUUGGGACAAAACACUUUCUUGUAUAUUAAUACAUGUAUGUAUAAUGACAGUUGUGCAGUGUUACAAUAUUUUUCAGGAUAUCUUAAGGACAUACGCAACGUACCUUACCUACUGAUAAUUUUUCAAGAUAUUCUUAAUUUAAGAUUAUAGUGCCAUCAGAUGUUCGUAGACAAAAAAUCAGCAUGCAUUACCAUAUUAAAUGAUGAAAAUUCGUGUAUAAUUCAAAGAAAAAUUUACAAAACUUACUAAACAUAUAUGCUAGAUGUUUUGUUUAUCCAGACUUGUUCUAGAAGAAGUGAGCAACAGCAUUUAUAGACAAUAAAAUGUAGCACACAGUUCCUUUAAGUUUUGGAACUCUUCAACUCCAGG